CAUUCCCAAUUUGUAAGGGAGGAGAUGAAAAGUCUAUCGAAAUUUCCAAGUCUCUCGAAACCUCUUUGUAACUCCCAACAGGCGGUUGGGCUAAGUCUCGAAGUCCCUCAAAUCUUUCGAAAAUCAGGGUCGUUUUAAGUCCGUAGAAUAAACAGAAAUACAAUAAAUCAAAAAACCUCCGCCGUGGAUCGAUCGGCGAGGUAAAGCUUAAUUGACUUGUCAUGUUGCUUUCAACUUGAUCAGUGACUUACAAAGUGCCUUGACAAUGGCACUCCCAGGAUUGGGCAGAAAACGUUACAGGAACAGCUGCGACGACGAAGUCAGCGAAUUCGCUCCUUUGUCAAAAAGGAUAAAUAACUUGCACAUCAACAAUGGCACUAUAAAUAAUCUAGGAAAGAACCUGGAAUCAAAAACGGAAGCUCAUAGAGAUAUAAUUGUCAAUAACGAAAGACUAUCAACUCAAGAUUAUGAAGAUUCCCGGAACAUGGAUGGUGAAUCGAGCGGAAGCCAGCAACUUUGGUUGCCUCACUAUAGUCCUGAUCUGAGCCCCUCACAAAAUCCGUAUUAUUACGAGUCAAAUCGACUGCUGUUCGAGUUGUACAUUCAGAGAUCUCAAAGAUCCAAUGGCGCAUCUUCGUCAAACCAACACCAACACCAUUAUUAAUAUAAACCUGAGAUGUGUAGAUAAUUUA